AUGGAAACGAUAAUCGCCGACAUCGUGAGGGCCCGUGAGGUCAUGUCCCUCCUCAAGCCCUUCCACACCAUCAAAGCCUCCCUGGCCGCCUACGCCGUCACGCGGGCCAUCAUCACCGACGCCACCUACCUCCAACUCACCUUUCCGAUCAUGGUCGAGGUCAUGCGCGGCAACUACCUGGUCAUCACGGAGCCCGUCGUCGUCUACGUCAGCGACUGGAACCUCGCGAACGAUCUCGCCCGCAUGUACAUCCCGUGGGGGCCGGUCCGGGAGACGGUGGUGGUGUUCUGCUUCGGCAACAUCUUCAUGGAACGCGGUCACUACCGUCUCGGGCGGGACGCCACGAGCAUGCUGAGGCUCCUGAAGGCCAGGGGCGGGGUCGAUAAGAUCGUGGUGCACUUGGAGAUGGGGCUGGGUGGCGUGGAAGGUUGA